CCCACGCGCGUACGAUCGGCUUACGUUAGGGUGAUGGCAGAGAACGAGACGUAACUGACAUGACGUGACGUGACGUGACGUUGAGUAAGGCAGAGAAAAGCCGUAAAGACGUACGACGUGUUGUGUUGAAUGUCUGAUGAUCUAUUAAGUGCGCGGAGAGACGAGAUGGGUUAAUCCACAUUUUUCCCUGCUAUAUAUACUACAAUUAUUACAAACGUACAUGUUUUUCUCGAUUGACGAGUUUUGUAUCUUAAAAAUAUUCCACUACUUUGAUGCAGAAUAGUAUUGCAUUAGAAUAACCUACAUGCAGCGAGCGAACUACAUCAACUACAACUUACUCAUUAAGCUAUCUCUGUACAGUUGCAUUUUUUUUCGGUCUCCCAAUCUUAUUUAUAGAAUAUUUAGUUAUUGUGAAAGUGAUACAAGAACAAAAAUGUCGGAUCAUUCACAAUAUUGCAAAUUUAUAAUGAUUCACUUGAAACGAGCACAGAUGACAAGCAAGAUAAUUGCGAUCCUGUGUUUAUUAAUGUUGAAGAAAAGCAAGGCGAUGAACUUCUGAUCGAACUAUACCGAGAGCGAGUAUUUCUAUAUGAUAAAAGUAACGCCAAUUAUAAAAACUUUUUGAUGAAAGAAAAUGCUUGGAUAGAAAUAUCCAAAAUAAUGACUGAAGCUAAUUGUGGUAAUAAAUUAUACUUACUAUAUGUAUAAUUACUUAGAUAAAAAGGUGACAUGUAUACUCCAUCCUAUUGUCAAAAAAGGUGCGUCUCAUUAAGGGACCAAUAUAACAGAGAGAAAAGAAAGCUAGAUAUUCAAUCUAAAAGUGGAAGUGGUGCAAGUAAAGCUAGUCAAUUUCCUUUCUUUUCGCAGUUAGCAUUCUUGGACCGCGUAAUUAAAAGACGAAGAAGCUACACAAAUUGCACAAUAUCUGAACCAGUAAUUAAUGAAGAAGAUGACUUGUUACAAAUUGUUGCAAGUUCAUCGAACAGCGAAAAUAAAAAUGUAAAUAAGCAGCAUAUUGAUAACAAGAAAUAUUUUAAUAAAGAAAAUGUUGCACCAAAACACAAGAAGUGGAAAGUCGACGAAACAAAGGAGUUAGAGCAAUCAUUAGUUCAAAUGACUCAAAGAAUUUCAUCAUAUAUGGAAAACAAGUCUUCAACGGCAGAUAACGCUUUUAUGGACUUUAUAAAAGUACAAUUUAGCACUAUUCCAGAAAAAGAAAAAAAUGCAAGACGAAAGAUGAUUAUGGAUGCUCUUACCCCAAGCAACACAGUUACGUUUAAUAAAUGUUUAAUAAACGUUUAGCCGAAACGUUUUUGUGAUGUAUAAAAAUACGUUUAUUAACCGGUCGAAAUGUCUCGUAUAAAAACGGUAUUUUACACUAGUAAAAAAAACGUUAAAUAAACGUUGUAAAGUAAACGUUGUUGUAGAUAUAACGCCUGUGGCCGCACUCUACUCACGAGAAGAUCCCCCGCGACGUGGCCACUUAGCGGUGGCGCCAGCACU